AUGGCCAAAAGGAGCUUGGUGGCUGGUCUUCUGAGGAUGGGCCUCUCCAUCUGGGAUGACAGUCACAUAGUUUAUCCUCCGUCCAGUUGUUGGAGCCUUGCCAGCAUGAAUCGCAUGCACGAGUCUCUCAUGCUCUUCGACUCCAUCUGUAACAACAAGUUCUUCAUUGAUACCUCCAUCAUUCUCUUCCUCAACAAGAAAGAUCUAUUUGCUGAGAAGAUCAAGAAGUCACCCUUGACCAUCUGCUUCCCUGAAUACACAGGCCCUAACACCUAUGAAGAUGCAGCCGCCUAUAUCCAAGCACAAUUUGAAAGCAAAAACCGCUCACCCAACAAAGAAAUUUACUGUCACAUGACUUGUGCCACAGACACGAAUAACAUCCAGGUGGUAUUCGAUGCCGUCACUGACAUCAUCAUUGCCAACAAUCUCCGGGGAUGCGGCUUAUACUGACCUCUUGUCCUGUGUAGCAACUUAUUUGAAUGCUUCACGGAUUCUCUGUCCUGUUGGCGUUGAUCCACUGAUAGCAUGACCUUUUGGCCUUUGUAAGAAACGGCCUUUCUUUCUCAAGUCCAUGUGUAAUGUACUGAGCCUAGAAGGAUGGCUGUGUGUUUCUGUAGAAUGCCAUAGCAUUUGGUUUUAGCUGAGUCUUUACAUUUAGAAGCCCAAUAAAAACAAAACAAAAAAGGACCCCCCCCAAUAUUUCUCACGUGCUUUCAUAGCUAAGAAAGGACAAAUCGUCUUCCCUUUCAGCCUCUACCCUCACCCUCCAUCGGGUCCCCAUUAUUUUAUAGAAUUUACACACUGCCCAAUACUCAGCCUGGGUAGAGAGGGUACAGCAUCAGCUGCAGGCCUCAGCUUGACAUUUUCAUUGGGGCAUUGGAGCUGCACUUUGGGGUGAGUUCUCAGAGCCUCAGAGGCCCUGGCUCAGCUGGAAUGAAUGAAAUCCCUGCAGACCACUGUUGGUCAGGCA